AGAUCAGUGACCAAAUUAAAAUGAAAUGAAAAAAACUCCAAUGAAAUAAGAAUUGUAACAAGCACAAGAAGUGAAAAAACUGCAGAGUUGCGAUAGAAUAUACAAGUAAUCAUAAAGCACAAUGGUCGAAAUCCAGGCACCUGUUUCCUAUGAAUCAUCACAUGCACAAGAGAGAAAACGGAACAGUAAACAGCAAUAUUCAUCUGGAUAUUCUCUUCAAAGAAUUCUCGCUUUAUCACGACCAAAAGAAAGCAAACAAAUAUGGCUGACAAGUUUUGGUCCGAACUUGCGAUGGGGUCAUCAAGAUAUGAUGUGGCCUUUACCAAAAGCAGCUCUUCACAAACGACCAACGCAAAGGCUGAUGGAACUCACAAAACCGAAAAGAAAUUUCCAGCUCAACACAUUAAAAGUAAACAGGCCAGAAUUUGUGUACAGUUGUGGAAGAAAUUCACAGAUAUGGGAAGUUGGAAGAUCAGCCUUGGAAAGCAGGGCCAGUGAAAGAGUUUUGCAAUUGGCACUCCCGAAAAAUCCACCCAAGGAAUACAAAGAAGACAGGCUUCAACAUCAAUAUAGUUGUGGCCGAGUUUCACCGAUAUGGAACGUACCAAUACGAGCACAGACUUGCAAAGAACGACCAAGAACAGCUGAACUUGCCAAGUCUAAACGACCUCACCCAGAAUAUGUGCCAAACAGUGAGGUAAUGACCACAAUCAACCCAACAGCUUUGAAAGCGUAUUGCACCAUGCGAGUCUCUGACCUUGCUCGACCUAAGAGUAGAGGAGAACGACCUUUCAUUGAUUCAAGGUCACCAGAGGAAUCUAUAUGGAAGGUCUCGAUGCCCGCUAGAUCUGCCACAGCCAGUCCACGUGUCAUGGAAAUGGCAAAGUUCAAAGGGUAUGCAGAUGGAUAUGUUGCCAAUCGAUCUGUCCAAUGGCCGGUAUCAAGAGCGACAAGACGAGCAGUUGCAACUCCACGACAAGAACAAUUAUCAGCACCAAUUGUCAGAGCUUCCAUGGAUCAUGUUCAGUUCAACCCAGACGCAUUUUUAGUAAGUGAAGCCGCCAAGAAAGCACGAUGCACUCCAAGAUUAGAAGAAUUAUCUCACCCAAUUCAACGAUGAUGAACAUCAAACCUCCAUUUUUUUGACUUGUUUUAAAUAAUAUAAUUCAAGAAUUCAAUUACACACAAUUUACAGUAAAACAGAAUAGAGAAGAAUAGAUUUUUAUUCCUAAUUUAAUAAAUAUGAAUGUGUUUA